UUCAGGUAUGCAUAAUCUUUCUGAAUUCACCUUAUCAAUCUAAUUAUACUAAAGGUUAUGUUUUUACUUAACAAAUCGAUAUGCAUUCACGAGAAAUCGAUAAAAACUUGCGCGCGCAUUUUACAAUGCAAGUUAUGACACAAAGAAAUAUGAGCAUGAUUGUGAUUUGUGGCCUUCCAACUAAUCGUCCCAAUUUAUUCUCCCUUCUCCAUCUGUGAAUAGCGAUUCUCAAUAAGAGGAGUUCUUUCAUGAUGGAAAAUUCCACUCGAUAGUGUCGCGUGGCAAGUGCAUGCGUAAGGAUAUUUACUUUUUUGCAGUAAUCAUAGAUGUGGAAAAUAAAAUUAAUAAGAUAAGCGUCUUUUUUCUCUGGCGAGAAAAACUUAUUCCGUCAACGAAGAACAAAUACAACUUGCAGAUAUACAUCAAGUGCGAGUGUUUUCAUAUCAAACGUGUCGUAUCAAGCUUUGUAAAAAAAACGAUUAAAUGCCCAGAAAUGAUAAAGAACUUAUCGUAAAUUAUACAUCUUAUCAUUAGAAAAGAAUUAAAUCGCGUUCGAGAUAACAGUUGUAUAAACCAUAGGGAUUUCAUCUUUCCUUAAAUAUUAUUUCAGUGUCGUUCUCUUAAUUACAUAUGUCUAUUAACUUACUGAAAAAUAUCACAACGUAGAUUGUAAUAAGUGAACACAUUAUUGUAAAUACAUCUCUGGGAAUAUUCAUAUUAAUAUAAAUAUUGUAUUAAACCCUAAAAACACACCAGUAUUUCUUUUCAAAGUAUUACUGUAUAAAUUUCAUAUCAAGUAGUUUCUUGAAAAGCUCUAGAAAAAAAUCAUGAGUCAAAGUAAGAAUCGCAUCAAUUUGAAUGAAGUGAGUGACAAGUUUACGGAAGAGCUGCUGACAGAUAUUCUCUGUAAGGAAUAUAAUGGGAAAAAAGUACAACUGACAGAUUGGGAUUUUGGCGAAGGAUUUACUAAAGGUGACAGCUAUUUGUCAACUGUCAAUAAGGGUAAAAUAUAUGGUAUUAUAGAUAGUGACCCACAACAACAUGUACAAAUUAAUUUUGUCGUCAAGUCGAUUCCAAAGAACAUUGGCAGAAGAAAGACUUUUAGAAGUGCAGACUUUUUCCGCAAUGAAAUCAUAUUUUAUACACAGAUUGUCCCCAAAUUUGAGAAAUUUCUAGCAGACAAAGGACAAAGCAAUCUAUUGCGCAUACCACGUCAUUUAAUUUCUUAUGCAGAUGGUGAAAACGAUUUUAUUGUCUUGGAAGAUGUUUCUUUCCUAGGAUUUGGACCUGCAUCCAGACAAAACUGCAUGGAUUGGUCAGAAUGUACAGUGAUGUUAAAAGCAUUAGCAAGAUUUCAUGCAAUCUCAUUUGCAUAUAGAGAUCAGAAGAAAGAGGAAUUUAUAAAACUUGCAAGUAAUUUAAAUGAAACUUACUUUGAUAACUGGAAUUGGUAUCAAAGAUUUCAUGAAAGACUUGUGGGUGUUGCUAAACAUGCGUUAGCUAUUGAAUAUCCAAACAGUAAAGCUGAAAAACAAUUUAAUUCCUAUGAAUUAGGUGAAUUGUACCAUAUGUGCAGCAAAUGCUGUGACAAGAAAGACGCCCCUACGUCUGUUAUAUGCGCAGGUGAUUGUUGGGCUCCAAACUUUCUUGUACGAGACAUCGGGCAAGAUCAAAAGGAAGCGUUAUUGCUCGACUUUCAACUUGCGCGUUGGAGUAAUCCUAUCACGGAUUUAUCAUUCUUAAUUUAUUCGUGCACUUUGAAAUCAUUUCGCGAUCAGUAUUUCGAUGAUAUAUUGAAAACUUAUCAUUCCGAAUUGAGCAAUGCUAUUAAAUCUCUUGGAUCUGAUCCAGAAAAAAUUUAUCCAUGGGAUUUAUUUAUGAAAGAGGUUAAGGAAUUCUUUUUUUUUGGACUAGUAUUUUCACUUGAAUCAAUUCCAUUUGGCCUAUUGGAUCCAUCUGAAGCAUUCGAUUUAGACGAUAUCAUUAAGAAUGAUGAAGCUGUGAAUAUUUCUGAUGUAUGGACAGUGUCUAAUAUUAAAACGUCAAUUGGAAGACAAAGAUUGGCAGAUGUAAUAGUUCAUGGUGUUGAACAUGGAUAUCUAUGAUAAAUUAUAGAUGAAUAAUUCUUAUGUAUUUUUAUAGAACAUUAUAUAAA